AUGCAGCCAACUGUUACGUCCGCGCCACCGAUGGCUCCUGCCCUCGACGAAGAACCAUCAGCACUGGCUGGAGAAACUAAGAUCCAGCAACGGCUGCUUUUUCUUCGGCUCCUGCCCUCGACGAAGAACCAUCAGGACUGUACCAACCUAAAAUGCAGCCAACUGUUACGUCCGCGCCACCGAUGGCUCCUGCCCUCGACGAAGAACCAUCAGCACUGGCUGGAGAAACUAGUCAGUAUGCUGCCUGUUUUGUCUCCUGAUUUCACUGAGUCCGAGGAAAGGGAACGUUCAGUGAUUAUUUACGGGGUUCCGGAGGAGGGUGCAGGUUCUCUACCUUCUCUUCGUCAAGAGCAUACUGAGAAAAAUGUUUCCGCCAUCCUUGAUGUAUUGGAUAUUGAGGCUCGACCGGUUGAAGUACGAAGGAUAGGCAAAAUAAGUGAUAAGCCUAGAUUAACAACUGUGUUUCCAUUCUCUGUCGAAAGCGAACCGCCUUCGUUCCUCACCUAUGUUCAGCAGAAGAAAGAACAACGAACAGAACGUGACUUGAGGAAACUGGCAUUUGAGCUUAAUCGUGAUGAGCACAAUGGUAAUCCUGUGUUGAUAGUGUAUCGG